CUCGCGAGGUUUUGCUUCGUCCCGUUAUUACGGGCAUACACAGUGUUUCACCCUGUUCUUCACCGCACCAAAGGCCGGCUGUGUGUGACUGGAUUAAGAAACUCAAGAUGGUCACACUGUCUACCUUCUCUCACCUACUGUUUUGGCUCCAACUGCUCGCAGUGUCUCAUGCUGAGGACCAACUUACCAUCCUGACGAAGCAGGGGUCAGUCCUGGGACUGCAGGUCCCCGUGCCGGGCGGCCAAGUCUCAGCAUUCCUGGGCAUCCCAUACGCAGACCCUCCUGUUGGGGAUCUCCGUUUCAAGCAGCCCAUUCCCCGGAAGCCGUGGUCCGGGGUGUGGGAGGCAACACGGUACUCUCAUUCUUGUCACCAACCUCUAGACACAAGUUUCCCAGGGUUCCUGGGGUCAGAGAUGUGGAACCCUAACACGGAGAUGAGUGAGGACUGCCUCUACCUGAACAUAUGGAUGCCGCACCCUAAGCCAACCCGUGCCUCUGUUAUGGUAUGGAUCUAUGGAGGCGGCUUCUCCACUGGCUCUGCCUCCCUGCCUCUGUACGACGGGCGUUUUCUGAGCCACACGGAGGGCGUGCUGGUUGUCUCCAUGAACUACCGGCUGGGUCCCCUGGGCUUUCUGGCAUUGCCGGGUAGUAUGGAUGUUCUGGGAAAUGCCGGCUUGUUCGAUCAACGGCUGGCUCUGCAGUGGGUGGCUGAAAACAUCGAAAGCUUCGGCGGGGACCCAGGGUCCGUCACGCUGUUCGGCGAGAGCGCCGGUGCCGCUGCCGUCGGCUUCCACGUCCUGUCCCCAGGCAGUCGUGGCCUGUUUGCACGCGCCAUCUUGCAGAGCGGUACCCUGAAUGCGCCAUGGGCAGCCAUCCCACUCGAGGAAGCCCAAGACCGGUCCAUGGCCCUAGCCAGGCUUCUGGGAUGCCUGCCAGAGCCCGGCGUCGAUGUGGAGUCCUGCCUACGCAGCAUGCAGCCCACAGACCUCGUCAACAGACAGAAUGAUGUGGUGAAGCUCCCACUGGUCGGGACGACUUUUCCUCCCACGGUCGACGGAGUCUUCCUCACCGACUUGCCCAAAGUUCUGCUCCAGUUUGGGCAGUUCAGCACGAGCAACCUGCUCCUGGGGGUGAACAGAGACGAGGGGGCAUACUUCCUGCCAUACGGAGCUCCAGGCUUUAGCAUUAUGCACGAAAGUCUGAUCUCCCGGGAAGACUUCCUAGUAGGGGUGGCACUGGCACUGCCAGGAUUCAGCCAGAUUUCACAGGAGGCCGUUGUCCUCCAGUACACAGACUGGGAGGACGAGUUCAGCGGCUGCAAAAACAGGGAUGCGCUCAAUCAUGUGGUUGGCGACCAUUUUUUUACCUGCCCCCUGCUGGACUUUGUGCGCACGUUCGCCGGCUUUGGAAACAAGGCCUUUGUCUACUACUUCGGCCAGCGCUCCUCGAGAAACCCAUGGCCGCAGUGGAUGGGUGUGAUGCACGGCUACGAGAUCGAGUUUGUCUUCGGCCUGCCACUGAACCUCAGCCUGGGCUACACGGAGGAGGAGGAGGCCGUGAGCCGGAAGAUGAUGAAACUCUGGGCUAAUUUCGCCAAAACCGGGAGCCCCACCACUUCGGGAUCGGAAUGGCCGCCAUUCGAGGGAGUGCGGCAGGAAUAUGUCUCCUUGGAUGCGGAUCCCUUGAAGAUCGAGCGUUUCCUGAGAGCCAAGCAGUGCAAGCUUUGGAACAGCUUCCUGGACAAACUCCAGGCCAUAACAGCAUCUGUGAAUGAGGUGGAACAGCAGUGGAAGAAAGAGUUUCAGCGCUGGGCCUCGUUCAUGCGGAGUUGGAAGAUCCGAUUCGGUGAUUACACGGCCCAGAAGCAGAGGGCAGAAGCGGUUCACAGAGAGCAUCCAUCCAUUAAACAUGAUCCUGUUUCCUCUCGUCCUGACCGUGAGGAAGCACCUGCAGCACUGUGGGUUUCGGGAAACACCGGCAUGUACGGAAUGCUAAUACCACACCGUCAGGCUCCUACAAUCGCAUCAGAAAAUUCACACACUAAUAGGUCAAAAAUAAUGUAGCGCUGAAGCGGUGCAAAGUACGCCAUGUUUCUGUGCUGGGGGAGCAACAGAUGGCAGUAUGAGGUGUAUGGGGGAGGGAGUGGGGGGCCCCAGGGAAGGUGUGCGGAGACAGAGCGGGACGGGAGAGGGUGCAGAGCUGUCUGCGGAGAGCUUGAUUUCCCAAUGGGCCAAGCUCAGGCACUUUGCAGGCAUUCGAGGCUCAGAGAGGGGCUUUCCCCUCUGCUCUGCUCCGGGAAGCUACCGGCUCCCAGCAUGCAUCUGCACAAGCGCGCAAACACGCACGCACACACACAGAUUAGGCAUCUGUAUCUUUGCGGGGACUCUCCAUUCAUUUCUAUGGGCAAAACUCUAAUCCCAACUAAAAUAACCUUAAUCCCUACCCAGCCCUGACCUUAACCUUAAGUCACCCAACAAAAUACAAGACAUUUGGCAUUUUUAGUUUUUUGAUUGCAGUGACAGAUUUUUAUAAAAUUGAGUUUCCCCCUGUGGGGACCAAAAAUAUAUCCCCACAAGGUUAAAAUAACAGGUUUUUAUUGUAAGGACAUUUGCCCCCCACAACAGUAAAAUAUACAUGAGCACACAAACACACACACACACACAAACACACACACACACACACAAACACACACACACACACACACAAACACACACACACAAGCACACACGCCCGGGUGCUGUUAACUUAGCAUAUGCAUGUCCAACGUCCCACUCCCCCCCCCCCAAGCUGCAAGCAAUAAAUCAAUACAGGGAUCGCAGUCCUGUCAUCUGGAACAGCAUCCCCCCUUGGUAAAUCUGAGAGACCCACCGAUGGCUUCUCCAUGGUGUCUGUUGGUCACAUCACGCUACCAGUCAGCAGUAGCCAGUUGCUGGUAUCAUCAUUCAGGUGAGAUGGGGGCACUCAGCUGGCACUAGCUACCUUUCCCCAUGACUAAAACUGAAUCGUAUCCCUCCCCAUCGCUAUGCUACAACUAAACAAGAACACCUGCAUGAAGCUAAGCUACCUGACAAAGCUAAAGCUGCAGCUAACUAUUUCCUUAUGGCACAUCUGCUGUGACACUCACACUUUCAGACUAUCCUGCUCAAGCAAGAAAUCUAACUGCAAAUUUAUAAUAUUCCAUUAUAAUCCUGAAAAUAGCUACGUCAGAAGCAUUGGCGUUCUUUGCAAACCCUACAGACUAUUUAUCAGGUAAAACUGUUGCAUACAUGUAAAUAUGUGUGCAAUGUAUGUGCAGACUUGAAAAUCUCACUCAAGCCAGCUGACCGGUUGGCAACCCUGCAUAUGGUUAAAUCUAAGCUUCCUGACAUGGCUAAAGCUAACGCUAACCAUUUACGUAAGGCUAAUGCUAAGCUUCCUGACAUGGCUAAAGCUAACGCUAACCAUUUACGUAAGGCUAAUGCUAAGCUUCCUGACAUGGCUAAAGCUAACGCUAACCAUUUACGUAAGGCUAAUGCUAAGCUUCCUGACAUGGCUAAAGCUAACGCUAACCAUUUACGUAAGGCUAAUGCUAAGCUUCCUGACAUGGCUAAAGCUAAAGCUAAUCUUAUUCAAAUCUUUUAUUUUUGUAUGUUUUCGGUGCUGUUGGUGUUUAUCUGGAUGGUUGAGCCCCCCAGAAGACCCCUCUAAAAAGUAUCUCUUAACCGUCCAUACAUGAUUAAAACUAAAGCUAACUUUCAUUACAUGUUUAAGGCUUUACUUCCCACAUAUGGCUACAACUAACCUUCUUUGCAUGCCUCAAGCUAACAUUCCCCAUAUGGCUAAUGUUAUCCUUCUCCUAUGCCUAAAGCUAACAUUCCCCAUAUGGCUAAAGUGUUCCUUCUCUUUAUGCCUAAAGCUAACAUUCCCCACAUGGCUAAAGCUAACCCCCUCUGUAUACCCAAAGCUAAUAUUCCCCACAUGGCUAAUGCUACCCCUCACUUUCUGCCCGAAGUUAGCAUUCUGCACAAACCUACCGCUAACCAUCUCUGUAUACCCAAUGCAGGUAUUCCCCAUACGGCUAACGCUAGCCCUCUUCCUACCUAUGCUCUGUUUCCCCAUUGUCUUUCACUUUAUUUUUGACACAUUGAGCUCAGCUCUCUAUUUACACGUUUCAGGUGUUUCCCUUUAAAACGACACCCCCUCUCCAUACCCUGGUGUAACAGCUACAGUCUCCCCAGGUUUUGCAGACCCCACAGUUUGCGUCCCGCGCCCAGCUGGUAUCUGGCUUGUCCUGACCCGCCUCUGUUCCACAGAGAUUAAGACGCAGAGAGCUGCCCACUGCAUCUCCACCCGCUGAGUACAAGGCACAUUAGCACACAACGUGCUAUCCCCGGUCAUGCUGUACUGGAAGACACACCGUGUGCCCACUCCAGACCCAAGAUCUAUGAGAUGGCUGUGGAGGGGAAUAUGAUAAAGAAAUAAUCAUAUAAUCAUUUCUUCUCUUUAAGACCCUGACACAGAUAAUGCUCUCAGCAGGUGGCAGCGUGUGUCUGCCUUCGUUUCACCCAUAAGCGGAAGUAAGUGGCCCUUCAGCUGAAACUUGAUGGGUGAAGAUGUCGAGCCAGGUAAGGACUUCUGCGUUCAAUACCCCUCCUUCACAAUGGAGGUUUGCACCUCUCCGGUUUACGACUGCAGAUCAAAACACGGACAUCUUCUUAGCCGCUAAGAAUAAAUAUACACGCAUGUGUACAAUGUGAAUUAUUAGCAUCGCAUGGACGUCCGCCGUGCCAUGUGGAAAUCCAAAUCAGCUUAAAAACGGAGAUUAAUCGAGAGCCAAGAGCUGGCGGCAGCGUAAGCGAGAGCAGCACUGGUGGGAGUGAGGAGAUGAAGGCCCAGCGGGGUGC